CUCCGCCCUCCGUCUCCAGUCUCCCCCUUCCCUUGAGGUCGAAACCCAUUGCUCUUCUGUCAGCUUCACUGUUGAAGCAUGUGCUCUGUGUGGUUCCCCUUGCGCCCUAGGCCGUUGCGUAUUGUUUUGGUUAUCAGCGAACUUGUAAUGUUCUCAUCCCUAUCUUUUACAUACGGGUGAUUGUACACUCAAGGUUAGUCUUGUUUUCUCUUCCAUCUUUGAAUUGCAUUCAAGAGAUUUUCAUCAUUCCCUUUUCGGUAGGUGCGAUUAAAUUCGCCCUGUUUUUUUUGGCAAUUAAUAGGUGCGAAUUUGAUUUUGUUUGUUUGCAGUUAUCUUGUGUUUUCUGAUUUGUUUGCAAUUGUUUUCGGAUUCCACUUUAUUUCAUAGACUGAAAUCGGGGGAGGAAAUUGAGAGUAAAUGAGUUUUAGUUGUUAUGUCUUUUAUCUGCUUCUACAAGUUAGGUCCGAAGAUGGGACUGAAACUAAAAUAGGAGGAAGGUCCCCUGGACAAUCUUCUCAGGCAGUGGCGACUGACCGUUAAGGAGCCUUAUCUCCUCAAAUCCACAACAUGGCUUCAAGUAUGCAACGAUUUUCUUGUUUUAUUAGGAAUUAUCUCAUCAAAGUUCUCUUAUUGUUUAUUUAAAUUCUUCCACAGUUGAAUUCAAUUCUUUUGGGGCUAAUUUAUCUUUGAUUUCUUUUUUAUUUUCACUCAUAUUUCAAUGGAUUCGUUUCAAUGAGAGUUUUUCUUUAGGCAAUUAGGGUAAAAUCUCACUGAAUUUCACAUGGUCAUUUAGGUAGAUUCUUCUUUUUGCUUGGUUUUUUGGAGUAGUAAUGUAAUUAUUGAAUUCUAGAGAAUUCUUAAAUUCCUGUUGGUAUUAUACAUAAAAAAAAUUAAAUCUUUCUGCCUCCAGGCUGAUUUUACAGUCCAUUUAGAAUCAAGUGACAACAAAAUAAACUCCAUCUGAUUAUUCUACUGCUUUCUACCUCCAACUAUGGUUUUAUAGGUCUUAUUGCAAGCUAAUGAGCCUUGCCAUAAAAAAUUAAAUGUAUUGCAUCCAUUUUAAACAUUCCUUUUAUUGAAAACACCACCAGUAUGUUAUCCCAACCAUUUUGUACAAACAUGCCAAAGUAAAGUGAUGAAAACAACUAUAGCUACGGAACACCAUUUUUACAGUCAUCAUUCUAAUACAUGGCACCCCAUUUCUACGAUUAGGAUUAAUUUAGACAUUAUUGGUCGCUGAAAAAAUUAUUUAUCAUAAAAUCAUUUUAGUGAAGAUAAGUUAACUAUUUUGUUUGAAUGGAAUGGGUGUUUUUCUGGUUCCUACUAUCUCUUACGGUCGUAAUUUAAAAGCACAAGAUUCUUGGUGAUAUGCUUUUCACUACAGUUGUAAGCAAUUUCAGUUUGGGGUUUUCAAGGAGGCAGCUCCUUUCAUAUAGGGGAUGCAAUUCGAUGUUUUGGUUGUGUUAUUGGUGUUUCGUUAGCUGUCCAGAAAAGAUGUUUGUUGUUUUGUAUGUGACUGUCAGGUACUCUGGUUUGCAUUCAUCUAGAGAAUGGAUAAAUUUUGACAUAGUGGCACCGGAUGAGACUGAACCUUUGGACAAUCCCACUGAUCCUAACCUGCCUCCAUUGCAAUCUAAGAAAAACAAGCCCUCUGCUACUGCCCCUCUUCAAGGAAAAUAAGGGGAACUUGCUGUCCCAGAUUCUCAAUGACUUAAGUUGUUGUUUUAUGUUCUGUAGCAUGUGCUUUAUCUAUUAACUUUCAACCUCCUUAACAUAGUUUAGGCCUUUUAAAUGUUGUGUAAAGUUUCAGCCUCCUUGACAUAGUUUAGACUUUAGACCUUUUGAAUGUUGUGUAAACUUUCAGCCUCCUGAACAUACUUUCAGCCUCCUUAACCUUGUGACUCAAGGUUUUAUUACGUUGCAGGUUUUUUUUCCUGUUGUGUAGUUUAAUUUUUAUUUAUUGUUGAAGGCAUUCAUUUUGAUUUAA